AAGCCCCAAAUAUAAACAACAAUGAGAGUCAGCAGCUAACGAAACGUUCGCAGCCGAACAACAAUUUCGCUUUCAUCGCUGGACUUGUUGGUGUUUCUGGUUGUCAAAUUUGCUGCCCCUGGCGCUGGCGCUGGGUUUGCCGCUGCUGCUGCUGAUAUCUAUUCACGUGUUUCCAGCGCUUACGGAGUUUAUAAAGGUUGGAGCCGCAGCGAAGGGCGACACAGUUUCACGGGCAGACGCGAACCUGCGCGGAUCAACUACAAAAACUUCAACGGAAAUUUGAAAUACGCGCAGGAGUUUUAUUUUGUUUUCGAUUCCGAAUAGUACAAAUAAACAAAGCUAAGCAAACCCAACAAAACGUAUCGAAUAAAAUCAAUAACUCAAGGAUAGUUCUGUAUUGAUUGCAUAUUUGUUUUCUUCAACUCGGAAACUCCCGCUCGUUAGCGGUCGAUCGGCAUGGGGAGAGAUUGGAAAGCGGCCCUCAUCAUACUUGGGAUCUUUGCACUCGUUGCUGAUGCUGCCGCAAACAAGUCUACGCCGCGACAUCAUCGCUAUAGUUAUGGACAACUCAAUGUCACCCAAGCCCCUCCGCCGACUCUGCUUCCGCCACCAAUAAGCUCUCAGUUAGGUAGACGUCCCGAGGCGCAUACAAUUCUCAGCUCUGUCAUCUUUGGCCUGACCAAAGCCGCCAACGAAAGCAAUGUGAAUGGCGCGUGCCAUACCCAGCUGCAGCAGGUGCAGCGGGGUAUCCUCAGCAAGCAGCCGUGGGCCAUGAAAGUGCUCGACGCGUCUGGGACCAAGCCGUCGGGCUUCGUAUUUGGCCAGAACUAUUGGCUGGGCAGCCGGGCGGCUUGCAAAGGUGUUCAGCGUCCAGUGGGUAUCACGCUCUCGAGGAACUACGAGCGGGUGAUGCACUACAGCAUUCUGACGCAAAGCGCUCCCUUCGAGAUGGACUACCGGGUGAUCUACCUGCGGCACAGCUCCCCAUGGCAGGUGGAGAUCAAGCUGAUGUCGGAACAGAUCCUUCACAUCGGUCUCUGCCUGCCAAAGGCGUGCGAGUCGGAGGAGGUGAAACAGCUGGCCAGGGAGUAUGUGGCCGAUGGUAGCUUCAUCGAUAACGACAUCUUCGACAUGCGACCAGAGGUGCUCUACAUAAAGGAUCUGAAGCUGAGGAGCGAACAGUUCUUCCAGCGAGCGUCGUUCAAGCUCAUGGUCGCCUCGCUUCUGGUCACUGGAGCUCUGACGCUUUGUGCCCAGCAGCUGCGCGUAGCCAAGCGUGGGGAUGAGCCCAAUCCCGGACUGGCGCCAGUUGAAUCGGAGCUGUGGCAGGCUCUGGACACUAUGCUGAAGUGGCAGCCCUUGCAGCGUUUCGUUUCCUGCUACGAUAUGCCCAGCAAUUGGAGAAAGAUCUUAGCCACCAGGGAGAACAGCUCCGGAGAGGUUCCCAUCAUGAAUGGACUGCGUUCGGUGUGCGCCAUCUGGAUCCUGGUCUUCCAUGUGGUUUGGUACAUGUACUUCACCGUCCACAACAAGACGGUGCUCCUGCUGUACGCUGAGAAGGCCUUCUUCCAGUACGUCUCCUCGGCCCCCCUCCUUGUGGAUGUGUUCUUCACCAUCAGUGGCUUCCUGCAGACCUACAACUUCUUGCGGAAUGCCAAGCAAAUGGAGGCAGUGCGUCGCAAUGGCCUAUGCGGCAAUGCCAAGCUCUUCGGCAAGCUGCUGUUCCACCGAUACCUGAGGCUGGGCCCCCUCUACCUCAUUGUCAUGGGCAGCGUUGACCUAGCGUUUGCCUACAUCGGAGACGUUUCUGUAUACCACAUCAACGAGCGGUACGAUGAGCUUUGCACGCAGCACUGGUGGAGGAACUUGCUCUUCAUCCAGAACCUGUUCGAUCACCGCGAGCUCUGCGUCAACUGGAGCUGGAGCUUGGCCUGCGACAUGCAGUUUUUCCUAGUGGCAAAUGUCAUUCUCUUUGUCUAUGCCAGACAUCCGAAAGUUGCCAAGCUGUUAACGAUCACUGGACUCCUGGCCACCAUAACCUGGUCCUAUGGCAUUGGUAUCAACCACAAGUUCGAAUUCUCCUUCGACUCAACAUACGCCACCGGUACCCAGAUCUAUACGAGUCCCUUUGUGCGCGUUCUACCCUACAUUAUUGGGGCUAUCGCAGCCUGGUGUCUGCUGGAGCGGCGGCUACAUGUGGAGCUGAGUGAACAGCAGACUCGCUGGCUCUGGCACUUCUCCUUAAAUGUAUUCAUAUCUUGCAUUUACGCGACUGUCAGGCGGGAUCUGGGACGUAUGCUGACCACCUCGCUGUUCGUGUUGGGGCGAGGGAUCUUCUCCCUGUCCGUGUGCUGGAUGAUUCUGGGCAGUGCGACGGGCACUGGGGUGUGGUGGUCGCGCAUGCUUGAGGCGCAGUGCUUCCAGCAUCUGAAUCGGCUCUCGUAUGCCAUUUACCUGGUGAAUCCGCUAGUGAUUACCUUCACAUAUAGUUUGACCAGUGCCAGCACAGACGCGGACCCCUUCAUGCUGUCCGUGAUGUCCUGUGGCUUCACGCUGAUUGUGUACCUGGUUUCCAUCGUUUUCUCCUUGGCAUUUGAGGUGCCCUACAGCAAUCUGUCGAGCUUGUUGCUGCGGCCCAGCAGCGGCCCGGCAGUCCAAAAACCGCAUAAACUGUGAUUAUCUGUUAUUCUUGUAAGUUAGUCUAUUAAUAAGAAUUCCUAGCUCAUACGCAAAGCCCUGUUGAAUUUUUUAGUGUGCCGGAAAAUCCUAGUUUUAAAUGCUACAUCUGUAAGAUAUAGUGUUUCGUCCAGAAAACGUUGUUAUAGUUCCUCAAUCGUUGGCAAGCGUUUACCACCUGUCCAGUAAUAACGCUUGAAAUUUUGAGAUGAUUCGAAAAAUCCUGUCGAGGCUGGAUGGCUAUGUUUAGGGUCGGAUUGUUCCUUGUAGAGGCUUGAGAGGAUCGUUUAUAGGUAAUCUUGUGAGGUGGAAUACUGAAACCAGAUUACUGUCAUAAGUGUAUUUCAAAAUUUCGCUCCACCCGUGGCGCCCCCGUAAAAGACUAAAACUUGUGGCAUCCACAAUUUUGAAUAUACGAAAUAACCUAAAGCGGAGAAUCAUCGAGAACGA